CCUGGGAUCCCAGACGUGACAAUGUGGAUACAGCGGUUUUUAGUUACCAGGUCAGGUUAUCCUGUACAAAGCCAUGCUUGGAUUUUAAUAGCCAUGUUUCGACUUGCCAUGGAUUUCACCUCUUGCGAAUCUUUGGGCCACGGCCAUAGGCGCCUGUUCAUGCAAAGACCUGCGCACCAUCAUGGAUUCCCUCAUAGCUCUUUGUGGAGCCUUAGAUCCGGGCAGCAUGCACGGAGUCGUGGGCUUCUAGGGAGCCAUGCCUCUUCCUCUUUGGAACGCUCUAAUGUCCUGCCAAAUAUGUAUCAUUCCAAAAGGCUACACAAAGCCGUGGACCUCCUCUGGAAACACGGGCGUCCGGAGCCCUUUCCUCCUGGGAAAUCACACCCUUCUCUGGCAGACGGGAAUACAGAGCGCCAGACUUACUUGAAACGGAGGAAACGGUACCGCCGGGCCAUAAGCAAGCCCACGCUGGAGACCGAGGUGAUCGUCUGGGGAUCAACGAGUCCUUUGGAACCGCUAGAAACUAGCACAUUCCCGGGGAUUUAUCACAGCACCACCGCCUCUGUUUUACAUAGCAAGGCCACCACCACCACCAUUACCACCACCACAACCACCACCAAGGCUACUUCCACAACUAUACAACCCAAAGGGCCUGGGCCUGGAACUGGUACACCCAAGAGCACCCCUGGCGGGGCUAGCACAAUGAUCCCACCCGCCACGUCUGACGGUAACCGGAAAGAAGUUGACGCUCCUCCUCCUAAGAUCCCAGGAGACACUUCAGGUCUGGCUGUCCAUCAGAUUAUUACAAUCACCGUCUCUCUCAUCAUGGUCAUUGCUGCUCUGAUAACGACGCUCGUCUUAAAAAAUUGCUGUGCGCAAAGUGGGAACACAAGAAGGAACAGUCACCAGCGGAAAAUUAACCAGCAGGAAGAAAGUUGUCAGAACCUGACAGAUUUCACCCCGGCCAGAGUGUCCAGUAACUUGGACAUAUUCACGGCCUACAACGAAACACUACAGUGCUCCCAUGAGUGUGUGAGGACACCAGUGCCCAUGUACGCCGAGGAGACGAUACUUCCGCCAGGGGAUUAUAAGACAUCCUUCAAUGGAAAUAGACCCUCCUCUUCUGACCGGCAUCUAAUCCCGGUGGCCUUUGUGUCUGAGAAAUGGUUUGAAAUCUCCUGCUGA